GUCAGGAACAGUAUCCCUGAUGAUGCCACAGCACAACUGGUUGCUGAGCUCUGUGACUUUAUCCUCAAGCACAAUUACUUCAAAUUUGGUGACAAUUCCAGACCAGUGGCACUGUUAUGGGCACCUGCAUGGCCCCACAAUAUGCCAACAUUUUAUGGCUGACCUGGAACAGCAAUCGUCUACUCACGCCCCUUCUCUACCUACGCUGCACUGAUGACAUCUACAUCAUCAUCUGGACCUAUGGGAAGGAAACCCUGGAAGAAUUCCACCAAGAUUUCAACAGCUUCCACCCCACCAUCAACCUCAGCCUGGAUCAGUCUACAUGGGAGGUCCACUUCCUAGACACCACAGUGCAAAUAAGUGAUGGUCACGUUAACACCAUCCUAUACUGAAAACCCACCGACCGCUAUGCCUACCUUCAUGCCUCCAGCUUCCAUCCCAGACACACCACAUGAUCCAUUGUCUACAGCCAAGCGCUGAGGUACACCCGCAUUUGCUCCAAUCCCUCAGACAGACCAACACCUACAAGGUCUUCACCAAGCAUUCUCAAAACUGAUACCCAUGUGAGGAAAUAAGGAAACAGAUCAACAGAGCCAGACGUGUACCUAGAAACCUCCUGCUGUGAGACAAGCCCAAGAAAGAAAGCAACAGAACUCCACUGGCCAUCACAUACAGUCCUCAGCUAAAACCUCUCCAACGCAUCAUCAGUGAUCUACAACCCAUCCUGGACAAUGAUCACUCACUUUCACAGGCCUUGGGAGGCAGGCCAGUCCUUGCCCACAGACAACCCGCCAACCUGAAGCAUAUUUUCACCAACAACGACAAACCGCACCAUAGUAACUCAGGAACCAAUCGAUGCAACAAACCUCAAUGCCAACUCUGCCCACGUAUGUACACAAGCGACACCAGCACAGGACCUAAUCAGAUCAGCCACACCAUCACCGGUUCAUUCACCUGCAUGUCCACCAAUGUAAUAUACGCCAUCAUGUGCCAGCAAUGCCCCUCUGCUAUGUGCAUCGGCCAAACUGGACAGUCCCUAUGUAAAAGGAUAAAUGGACACAAAUCAGAUAUUAGGAAUGGCAAUAUACAAAAACGUGUAGGAGAACACUUCAAUCUCCCUGGACGCACAAUAGCAGAUUUAAAGGUAGCCAUCCUGCAGCAAAAAACCUUCAGGACCAGACUUCAAAGAGAAACUGCUGAGCUUCAGUUCAUUUGCAAAUUUGACACCAUCAGCUCAGGAUUAAACAAAGACUGUGAAUGGCUAGCCAACCACAAAAGCAGUUUCUCCUCUCUUGGUGUUCACACCUCAACUGCAGGAAGAGGGCCUCAUCCUCCCUGAUUGAGCUAACCUUGUUAUCCCUAGCCUGCUUCUUGCUUGCAUAUUUAUACCUGCCUCUGGAAAUUUCCACUACAUGCACCUGACAAAGUGGGUAUUCACCCACGAAAGCUUAUGCUCCAAUACAAAAGCUUAUGCGUCCAAUACGUUAGUCUAUAAGGUGCCACAGGACUCUUUGCUGGUUUCUAUUUGUGACUCUUAAAGCAAGUCAUGUAACUUGUCUGCAUUUCUGCUUCCCCAUCUUUAAAAUGGGAGUAAUGAUGCUUGACCACAGUUAUGAAGUAUUAUGAAAAACGUGGCCUCCGAGAAGUGAGAGUUCUUGAAAACCUAAACACCAUGAUCAAUGAGACAAAUGACCAAACUCUCCCUAAAUGUGAGCAGGUGAUGCAUGACGAUCUGAAUGAAGCGUUGAAGAGAUUGCAAGCAGCCAACCAGAGGAUCUUCAGACUCCAGCAAAGGGAGCAGGAAGAAAGAAAGCUUCAGACUGACAUGCUAAUGGCUGGUGAAAAGCAGCGUCUAGCCCAUUGGGAAGUGUUCAUGAAAGACCAACACAACAAACGAGCAGAAGUGGAUGAAGAGCACAGAAAAGCUAUGGAGCGCCUUAAAGAACAAUAUGCUGAGAUGGAGAAGGACCUGGCUAAAUAUUCUUCUUUUUAAGACCUUUUUCAUUGUUGUUGGGGUUUUUUGUGCCAGUACUCUUUUGCUUCAGACUUAUCAGAACAACACUGAGGUUCUUUCAGAAAGCCUAAUCAAAAUAGGGGGGGAAAAAAACCCACAUCCUGUUGUAACUAUAACAAAAGUUUGAUUUAGGAAGAAGAGUUUUGCAUACCUCCAACUUCAAGUGCCUCUACAAGCUUGUUUUGUUCAAGGUGAUUGGUGUUAUUAGUAUCUUAGUUUGUAGGACAGGCAGCAGGUCUAGAAAUGGAGUUCUGCCUUUAUACCAUGGCUACAUCAAUUUAGGGAGUUGCAAACUAGAAUUUCUUGGCUUGUGAAGACAGCCUCGUCUGCGGGGAAGAAAGCUUAAUUUAGUUUUUAUUAUCUCUGUAUAAGGCCACAGCCCUGCCACAGAGAGCAGGUAUUAUAAAUGCAAGCCAUGCUUGGCUGAAAUCAGGAUGUACACACACUCAUUAACGGUUAUUUUGAGAAAACCAGCAUGUCUUGCAAAACAGUGGAUUCUGAAAGGCUAGAAUGUGUUACUCAGAUACAGUUACAGCUGCAUUGUUAUGAAGUCGAGUUGAGAUAUUAAUUGCCCUCUAAAAUAGGCACCACAAGAGUGGCUGUGAGGGCACAGGAAACAAUGUUUUUUCUCUCUGUGUAACUGGCUCAUGGCUUUCUUGUAGCUGUAUACUCCUAAGAAUCUCUUCCACCCCACCCCUGCCCAAACCACCUAAAAGUAACUUUUAAAAGUAUAUCCAUCCUUCCAUUAGCAUUUUAUCAGGUACAGUAUUUACGUUAAGUAUUUGUCCUGCCAUUGGUGCACUCAGUAGGAUGAGCAAUGCCCACCUUAUUGGGACUUAUUACCUAAAUCUGUUGUGAUAAACUUAAUACAGUUGAGGAAAGAUCUUUGUUUUUGUCAGAAUGGCAAGCAGGUAAGUGGCAUUAAAAGUGAAGCAUCUGCAGUAUUAAUUUGUGUUCUGAUUAACAGGAGUAUUUGUAAGCUCCUGUCAUCACCAUGAUCAUUUCUUUUGAUUUAAAAUCUUCAUGUAAUAGCAAUAUAACUGAAUAACUUAGCUUAAUUAUCCUUUUAUAAACCAAGUGAACUUAAAUGCAAUAACAGAAUGAAACUUGAUGCAAGCUAAUCUGAGGGACAGGAAGAGCUUUCAAAUAUUAUUUUAAGUACUAUGUAAUAUAAAAUAAAAACAGGUAAAAAUAAACAGAACUUGCUCAUUAUCUGUGUUGGAAUUGCACUAUGCAGACAAUGGUUGCCUGUGGAAAUUUAUGGCUUGGUGUCAAGGCUCCAUUCUUGGCAGCAUGUUGAUAAUGUGAUUAAAGUUAGCAAAGGAGAUGGAAUAAGUAUUUGAGAUUUCUUUCAAUAACACUGAAUUCCUGCCAAACUGCUCUAUCCGCUACUGUAGGCCUGACAGCUUCAUCAAUCAUCAUCAGGUACCUGGACUGAAAAGAGCACUUGCUGACACUGAAGCAUGGUGGAAUGUUGUUAAUUCUGUUGUUGGAAAAAACAUAGAUGGCUCCAAAGUAUUCCACGUAUAAAAAGUGAGGAGAACCUACUAACGAAAACCUCUAUUGAAUGGAAGGUGAUUUCUGGAAUAUCUCUAAGCUUAAGUACCCAUUCAUGAAUGGAUGCUGUAACUAAGAGCCCGAUUUACGUGCUUCAUCAGAAAAAUAGAAGAUACUGUUGCCUGUCUUUAGGGUCCAGAGUCUCAAUAGCAUUUGUUCAUUGUAAGGAUUAAACUGAAAACACUCUGUCUUCCACAAAAUGUUUUAAUAAUGAAUGUCUUCAAAACCAAAAUAACUUUUUGACAAAUGUACUUUAAGUCUCAUUUGGUACUGAGUGAGUUUGAUUUGUAUCUUAUUCCUAUAAAAUAAUACGUAAUAUCAUAUCCACUCUGUUUUGAACAAAAAUAAACCUACUGUCUCUGAUAUGUCCCACUUGAGGGCUGAUAAAAAUGAUGUAGAUGUUGCAAGACUGGUGUAUGCUGAACAUCUGCACGAGAGUAAGAAUUUUAAGCCUAGGGGACUGCACUUCAUUGGCCAAGAAAGCCUAAAAUAGAUUAAAUGAAUGAUAAUACCUAAGGUUAACUAUUUUCAAAAGCCAGUGGUACUUUGUGUUUUGAAAAUUCCCCCUCAAUAUUCAUUUUGUGAAUUUAUGCAUUUUGGAAAUAUUUUGAAGAAAAGUGCUUAUAGUUGAUCUUUAACAUAUGACAAACAUCAAUCUGUUUGUUGGCCCACUUCACUGGGAGACUACAAGAAAAAUAUUUCACUAUUAAGUUAUUCAAUAGUCUUAUUUUUUUAAAAUAUAUAUUGUGCUGUAGCUCUUGAAAUAAAUUAACAGUACAUACAACUUGACUUUACAGUGGUUUAGCAAGGUGGAUGAAAAAAUACUUUGUUCUAAAACUUAAAGGAAAACUGUAGUGCUUAGUUAUAGCUUAGAUGGCUAAAUAAAUGCAUCAUGUAUGUAUGUAUGAUUUUAUUUACCUGUCACUCUUUCAGUAUUUGUUUAGUGAAUGAGGCUGUGGUUUAUCACGAGGCUAAUGAUAUUUCUCAGCAGGGGCUCUAUUGGAAAAUGAUAGUAUAGAAUUUGAAGUAUCUGUUUCACUCAUUUGAAGAAAAAAUGCAUAUGAAGGGAGUUUCAAAGUUGGGUAGUAAACUACAUAAAAGAAAUUAAAUGUUUAGCCUGGCUUAAAAUGUUUAAAUUCUUAACAAUUAAACUUUCCAAAAUCACUUUGAGUACCGAUACAACUCCCAUUAAAGUUGGUUUUAAAAAAAAUUCCACUGGACUCUACUGGGAGUUGGAUCAGGCCUUUGACUUUUGCUACAUUUGAAUGAUGAAGCUGAUGUUCGCAAUCCUGCUUUGUAUCAGACUAAGGUGGUAGCUUUCUGCUUGAUUGUUAACACUUUUUUAUAUUUAGUAGUCUGAGUCUAAACUAUAUUGAUUUAUUCUUCUAUGUAACUAGAAGUAGUGGGUAGAAUAUCCUAUACUCACUGGAAUUGUCCUUAAAUUUUAAGAUGAGCUUUCUGUUUUGACACCUACACAGCAAGAAAGCAAUACUUGAAGGAUGGUGAAAAAACUGCUUCUGCAGUGUUAAUAGCCUGCUUAAAAGUAUUACUUAGACCAAUAGUAGAAUAGUCAUGAUACUUUUUAUUUUUCUAAUAUUGAUCAACGCCUUGUUUAAAAAAAAAUUAAAAAUCCUCUGUUCAGCUGU